AUUUAUCAGUUAUUAUCAGGUUCUCUGACCAGUUUACGCAGCGGAUAUCGCGUUCGUCGUAUUAUACUAUUAUGGUUAUUAUUAUUGUUAUAAAUUACUCGCAUUAUUCGGUGGUUUGCUAAUUUAUUCGCUUCAAUUCGCUUUCGGUUUUCGUCUUGGCCCUCGCCCGUCUGCUCCACAUGACCAUUACCGUCGACGUCGUUUUGUAUUAUCAUUAGUCUCGGGCUUGUCACGUAGUCAUCGCGUGAGUACACUGCCAUCCAUCGACUUGAGCCCUAAUCCUCUAUAUUAUGGUUCACUCUGUCGCUUAGCGACGGUCAGUCGUCAUACACCGAUGCGGACCUGGGAGUAGCCCCGAUAUCUGCAGCCCGUCGAUGACUGCCAGACCCGUUUGAGCGGAGAGUCGACGGUUUCUGGCCGUACAUAUCUGACAUGUUGGUUUUGCAGUGCCAAUCUUAAAUGAGAAAUCAUGAACACACCAGAAAAAAUGAAGCCACUUCCACUACCAAAACCAAAUUCUAGUGACUGCAGUUGCAAUGAAUCACAAAAGAUAUGCCCGAAACAUAUAAUGGUUACCCAAAAUGACAAAGAUAAUGUGUCAGUUUUAAAAUGUAAUUUACAUUCUACAGCUACAAGGUAUACGGUCAAACCUCCACUGCUUCCAAAACCAAAUAACAUUGCAUUGAAAACUAGUCCUUAUAAAGUCAAGCAUCAAUUUCCUAGUGUCAAGAAUAUUGAAAAACUUCAAACAACUUCAAAUCUAACUGUUAAUCAAUCUGUAAGUUGUGAGCCUAACAAAAAUGACGAAGAAAUAAAAAAUGACAGUGAUGUCAAUUCAAAUGUUUCCCAAUUAGAAGUUCCUCAUAAUGUAAAUAGUAUUUUAGAAAAUAACAUAAUUGAUAAUGAAAAUAAUAACAGUAUUAACAACAAAUGUACUGACGAUGACUUAGACUUUGAUUAUCAAAAUGACAGUUUGCUGAGUGAAUAUGUGGUAUUUCAUGGUGAAUUAGAUAUGUCAAUUAAUAAUUUAGAUGAUAUUAUGAAUACCACAAUUGAUGAUGAAAAGUUGUCCAUUGCUAGUGAUUCUACAGACCAAUCAUUUUCUGUUAGGAAAAAGAUUGUCAAUUGGUUUGGGUCAUUUGGUAAAGGGAAAAUAUUAAAACAAAAGAAGCGUAGUUCUUUUUAUGAAAGUCAUAAUGAUGAUAGAAACAUUGAAAAAGAAGAUAAUGAUACAGAUUCUCACUCAUCACUUGAUGACAAGCCAAAUGAAAAACUAGAACUUGAUGAAACGUUGUCUAUUGACAACAUUGAAACUGAAGAGAUACCUACCAAAGCAAAAUCCCUAAGAACCGUUGAAGAACUUAUAUCAACUGAAAAAAUAUUCAUUGAUGUUUUAAAUCUAUUAUGCAAAACAUUUGUUACGUUUGUUGAACAAACUGGAGUAGAUGUUAAACUGAUACCAUCUACUGAUUUAUCAAAAAUAAUCAGUCCUCUUCCCCAAUUACUAAGUCUAAAUGAAGACUUGUUACAAGACAUGGAGAAUCGUUUGAAAAACUGGAAUGAAAAUCCUAAAAUUGCAGAUGUCAUAGUAAAGAAAGGACCUUUUCUUAAACUCUACUCAACUUACAUACAAAACUUUGAAAGUCAAUGUAAUUUGUUGGACGAAUACUGUCAAAAAUAUCCUCGAUUUCAAAAGUGUGUAAAAGACUUUGAGGCUUCGGACGUGUGCAAAAAACUUACCAUUAAGCACUACAUGUUAACACCAAUUCAGCGAAUUACCAAGUACAGACUCUUACUAGAAAACUAUUUAAAAAACCAAGAUGAAGGGUCUAUUGAUUACCAAGAUACAAUAAUAGCAUUAGGCAUUGUGUGCGAUGUUGCCAAUCAUGCCAAUGAAAGUAUGAAACAUGGGGAUUGUGUGAGUAAACUUUUGCAAUUACAAUCACAAUUAGGAAGUUACAUUAUAAUUAAACCAGGCAGAGAACUUAUUAAAGAAGGUGAACUGUAUAAGUUGUCCAGAAAAGAUAUGCAACUUCGGUAUUUUAUUUUGCUCAAUGAUUGCUUGUUAUACACAUCAUAUUAUGGUACAGUUUCUGGGUUGAAAAUUAACUAUGAGCUUCCACUUAGUGGUAUGAAAGUAUUUCUUCCCAUUACUGAUAAUUGUCUCAAUGAAUUUAGUAUAAUAACAAUAACUCGAAGCUUCACUCUCAGAGCCAAGUCUGCUGUAGAGCUUAAAGAAUGGGUCAACGUCUUAGAGAAAGCAAUUAGAGAACACACUAACAAACAGCUUUCAUUUCUAAACAUGAAAUUCGUUUCAAAAAACGUUGGAUGUGAACCACUUCAAUUGGGAUAUGAGGCACCGAUAUGGAUUCAAGAUUGUCGCGUGACUAUGUGCCAAUCAUGUGCUACAGAAUUUACYGUCACAUUCAGGAGACACCACUGUAGAGCAUGCGGAAAAGUAGUUUGUAGUAGCUGUUCAGAAAACAAAGCACCACUUCGUUAUAUGAAGUUUCAGUCUGCAAGAGUGUGUGACGAUUGUUAUGAUUAUUUGCUCAAAGAGUUUGAAGACAAAAUAUUAGAAAUGCGUCAAUCGUCGAGUAAUAGUGAUUUUGAAAUUCUUAAAAUGGUGGAUACUGUAAAAAACUCUUUUAAGAAGUCUGGUGUAUGGAGCUCAAAAAAACUUGUUAAGUAUGUUCCACAGCGGUUAAAAGAGGUAAUGGCCAACGAUUCUGGCUCACAAAUGAGUGGUUGGUUGUAUCGGCGGGAAAAACGCAAAUCGUGGAAAAGAUUUUGGUUUGUUCUAAAGKAACAAGUUUUGUAUAUGUACAAAGCUUCUGAAGACGUUGUUGCAUUGAACACCAUACCUGUUCUUGGAUAUAGUGUUCAAACAUUCCCAGAAGGUACAAACUAUGAAGAAUUCGAUUCAAGUUGUGUUUUUCAAUUGGCUCACGCUGGACARAACCCUUUAAUAUUUUGCUCUGAUACCGAACAGUUGGCUAAAAGGUAUGCCUAGAGUAAAUGUGUGUAAAUUCAACUUUUUGUGAUGUUAUAUAAUGACCUAUAGGCUAUAGGUGUUCUAAGUUAGUUAAAUUUUUAUUUAUGUUUAUAUCUAAUGAUAUAUACAAAAUUAUGAAUGGGUC